GACGCGAAACAUGUUUUUUUUUUACUUGGCCUAAAUAACCAAACUAAAAAGUCAGUAGCCAAGUGAAACAGUACUACACAGCGGGUUAUCAAAGAAAGGGGCAAAGUAUACAUGUAUCCAGUCGGACUACAAUUUCACGUGCACUCCCCUUAAUGAGUGGCUUAAGAAUUGAUAAGCUGUAGUGUUUCAUCCCUUUUGUAAAAUAAUGGCUUUUUCAUCUGGUUUUCUAACAGUUGUAAUAUGUGUUGUGCAGUCAGUCGUUGUUGGCGCACAAUCCUGCACAAAAGUUGACGACUGUUCUUGUCAAAAUACUGAUGGUAAACAAGUCAACCUCCAGUCCCUUGGCUACAAAGACUCGAACACACCGAGAUUUUUUCUCCAAUGCAGGUUUCCUUAUAAACUAGGACCUGCAAGUGCAGGGUGGGAGUAUGCAUACAAUCCAUGUUAUCCAUUCUCAGAUGGUUCAGCUGCUUGCAAGAAUGCUGUAGUGAGUACAAUUGUUUCUAGCCCACGACUUCCAAAUCUUGAUACUCAAAUUUUAUCAGCUGCUGACUUUAAAAAUGUUUGGUUCUUUCAGGUUUGUCAAAGAAAACAGAACACACCGUCUGAAAUCUAUAAUAUUGGGGAUGCAACUGCGACUUGGAACAAUGGUGGUGUCAGUCUUUACAUUGAAUAUUCCCAUACUGAUGAUGCAACUCCACCAGUGACAAGGACAUCACGAGUCAGCCUAGUGUGUGAUCCAGGGGCAGAUGUUCCAAAGUUAGACCGAAUGGGACAAGAUGAGGGAGACACAUUAUAUCAAUUCACAUUGACAACAAAGUGUGCUUGCCCAGGAACAUGUGGUACAUCACCAUCACCAUCUCCAUCAUCUGGAAUAAGUCCUGGUACGAUUCUAUGUAUCCUGUUUUCUGUAUUGGUUGUGGCUUAUUUUGUUGGUGGUGCUUUAUUUUUGAGAUUUGGACGCCAUGCUCAGGGGAAAGAAAUUAUCCCCAAUUAUGAAAUGUGGGUAGGAGUACCUGAAAAUAUUAAGGUAUGUUGAGAGCUAUCUACAAGUAAUUGAUCUUGGGGUCCACGGAAGUCUUGCUGUUUGAACCCCUAGGUAAAAUGUCAAGGUCAUAAUGGUUCAAACAAAACAAGUGUUGUUGGAGUGAUAUCUCAAGAAGGACUUGGUAUAUCAACUCCCAAGCUGCUAUGAGGAUUGGUCUUGGGAUCCCCUAGUUAAAUGUUAUAGACAUGUAUGUGGUUAACACAGAAGGAAUGUUGACCAAGCAUAACUUGAGAAGAAUGUGAUUAAUCUCAGCAAGGCAUUUGUGGAUGUCAACACAUCAUUCUUGUUUUCUCUAUUUUUUUUUUUAGGAUGGAGUUUUAUUUGUCAUUAGCUGUGGAAAAAAGACGGGGUACGAGGAGCAACAAUAGUUGUGUACAUGUAUGUAAAGUAUGAUCAAUGCAUGCAUUCAGAUGUGUUAUGCUGAUAUUUUUUGCUAAACCUUUUAUGUUGGAUAGUUGAUUUGAAUUCAUUGAGUUCUAAUAUCGGAGUUGUAACAAAUUGUAUUACUCACAAUUUAUUCCUCCAUUGUCUUUUACACAGAUUUUUGGUUCACUGAACAAGAUAUUGUAUGUCAUUACCUGUGUUUACAUAGUUUACCCUACAGUGAUUCGUGUCAAGCCAAAAAAAGGCAUAUUACUUUGAGAUGGGAUUUGAGCCCAUGACAUUUUACUUUUGAAAGCAAAGUUUUGAAGACGGAGGUGGCUUUU